GCGGCAGGUUGGUCCUGGAGCAGAUAAGCUCAGAAUAUUUAGGCGAAAGCGAGAGGAGGGGGGGAGCGCGGGGCAGGAGGAGUACCUCGGCCAAGAAAAUUAUGCAUGCGUUAGGGAAGCUCUGAGAGAAUGGCUGUGGAAGCUCUUCACUGUGGUUUGAAUCCACGGGGCAUUGAUCACCCUGCCCAUGCUGAAGGUAUUAAACUGCAAAUUGAAGGUGAAGGUGUGGAAUCUCAAUCCAUUAAAAACAAAAAUUUCCAGAAGGUGCCUGACCAGAAAGGAACCCCCAAGCGACUGCAGGCAGAAUCUGAGACGGCUAAGUCAGCUACAGUGAAGCUGUCUAAACCGGUGGCUCUAUGGACCCAGCAGGAUGUCUGCAAGUGGUUGAAGAAACAUUGUCCGAAUCAGUAUCAGAUCUACAGUGAGUCAUUCAAACAGCAUGACAUAACUGGGCGAGCCCUGCUGAGACUUACUGACAAAAAGCUUGAGCGAAUGGGGAUUGCCCAGGAGAACCUCCGGCAGCACAUCUUACAACAGGUGCUCCAGCUGAAGGUGCGAGAAGAAGUCAGAAAUCUACAGUUACUCACACAAGGUACCCUGUUGCUUCCUGAUGGGUUGAUGGAAGGGGAGAUGGGAAGAAAGAAAACCUUACUAUUAGGACAGAUGGAAGCCAGGGAGAAUUUUUACUAUUUCUUUGCAGAAUUUCCUUCCUAGAAAAUAGUACACAGAUUUAAAGAUUACUUCCCUUUGAAAACAUUUUUCAUAGCUCACUAGAGAGAAGGAUGCAGAGAUAAGUAAUGGAUGAGCAAACAGAAUUACCUGAGCUAACUUCAAGUUCAUCACAUACAGUUGUAUGGAUUGUAUACUGCACAACCCCAAAGAAUACCAGUCACAUCAAUUGGGGUACGAUUGCACUCACUAGAGUUGUAUAGUAUGCAGCCUGCACAACUGUACAGUCCAGCUCUAGCUAUCUUCACCUGCGCCAGUUGUGAGGGUGCUUUAGAAUUCGAGUGAUUGUAGUUAUGAUGACCAGUGAUAUAAGUGGAGUUUUUGUUGUAUUUUUAUUUUGCUUUUCACUGGUUACUGGGAGAAAAACAUUUUAGAUAUGUAUAACUAUAUGUGAAUAUAUUAUACACACACACUUUAGAGAUUGUAAGAACCCCAUUUAGCUUCUUGAAAGAAUAAUUUUUAAAAUAGACUAUAGUGAAUCUAGGACCAGACUGUUAAGCGUAUAUAAUUCUUAACAGGAAUUAUAAAUAACUUCAAUAUGAUGAGAGCAUUUAAGAUCUCAAUAACUGUUGAAGUGACAAAAUAAAACUAGAAUUCUAAGAAAGCUGUAAGUUACACUAUAUGUAACUUAUAUGUCUACAUAAGAUUUGGAUACUAUCAACCUUCAUUGGCUAUAAACUUUAUUUGUUUUAUUUUAGUGUCCAUUGUACAUCAUUUUAAAUGAAAGGAUGAUAAAAUAUGUAUUUUUGAGAGCCUUGAGUAUUUGUCUUUCUGCAGAAUAUUGUAAUUGCAUGCGUACUGAUAUUGGAGAAAUCUGGGUCAGCCAAGUUUCACGUUAUUGCAUUUAGAUUAACCUAGUAAUAGUCCAUUUGCCUAGAGGAAAUAAUGUGCUCCCUGAAAGAUGGCUAUUCUAGAAGGAUAAGUAUAGACUUCAAGUGAGCAUAAAAUAGUAUUGUUUGUUUCAUAUGCAUUAUUUGCAUUUUGUCCCCAGAGACUUCCAAUGGUGAAUUUACUGGUAUACUAAGUGAUUUAAAUUUGAAUGUGAAGUACUGAUAUGCUUUUAAGUUUCUUUUAAGAAGUAGAUAGAAAUAUGAAGAUUAUGAUAAGAAAGUUUAUCACAGUGCUAUUUGGAAAACGGAAAAUUUACAAGAGACGUAGAGGUCCAGCAAUAUGAAAAGAAUCAUGUAAUUCUGCUUAAAUUCAUAAGAUUCAGUAUAAUGCCCAGUUAUGAAAAUUACGUCUUUAAAGAAUACACGACAACAUGGGAAAUUACUGAAGUCAUACAAGGUGGGGGAAAGGUCAUGUGUAAAAUCGAAUGCAUAAUAUAAGCCCAAUUUGGUAAAAACCAUAUAUUCUUAUAUCUACAGAAAAAAAGGACUGGAAGUAAAUAUGCCAACCAUUUUAGUAAGGGAUCUCUCUGGAUUGUGGG